AUGACAAAGCUAAAAUGUUCAUUUUAUCUCCUAUGGUUCUUCCUCUUGUCAUCAUCAAUAUCUCUAACCUUAGCAACCUCUGAUUAUAUAUUGUUCACAAAGUCACGAUGGAUCGUGAACAAGAAAGGUCACCGAGUGAAGCUAGCAUGCGCGAACUGGCCCUCGCACCUCAAGCCAGUGGUAGCGGAAGGGUUGAGCAAACAGCCGAUGGAUUCAAUAUCAAAGAGUAUAAGAGAUAUGGGAUUCAAUUGUGUUAGGUUCACUUGGCCACUUGAGCUAAUGACCAAUGACACUUUGGCUUUCAAUGUUACCGUUAGACAAUCUUUUGAGAGAUAUGGAUUGAAUCAAGAUCUUGAUGGGAUUCAUAAUCAUAAUCCUUCGAUCGUUGAUAUUCCCCUCAUUAAUGCCUUUCAGGCAGUGGUGUAUAGUCUUGGGAGACAUGAUGUGAUGGUGAUACUAGACAACCACAAGACGGUACCAGGAUGGUGCUGCAGCAACAAUGACCCGGAUGCCUUCUUCGGGGACCCAAAAUUCGAUCCGGAUCAAUGGAUAUUAGGCCUCAGAAAAAUGGCCACCAUUUUUCAAAACGUCAAGAACGUUGUAGGCAUGAGCCUUAGAAAUGAGCUUAGAGGUGCCAAAGAGGACCCAAAAGAUUGGUACAAGUACAUGCAAAAAGGAGCUGAAGCAGUUCAUACAUCAAACCCUAAUGUAUUGGUUAUACUUUCCGGCCUUGACUUUGAUGCGGACUUGUCUUUUCUGAAAAACCAUCAAGUGAAUCUGAGUUUUAAGAACAAACUCGUUUUCGAACUCCAUUGGUAUGCAUUCACCAACGAUGCACCGUGGAAAUCAAACAAUGUCAACGAUUUUUGCGCUCAUAUGUUCGCUCACGAGCGGCGUAACGGUGGCUUCCUCCUUGAAAAAGGGUUUCCUUUGUUCUUGAGUGAGUUUGGAACCGAUUUGAGAGGUGGAGAUUUCCAAGGAAACAGGUACAUGAAUUGUAUGUUGGCUUGGGCCGCAGAGAAAGAUAUCGACUGGGCGGUUUGGGCGCUAACCGGAGAUUACUACUUAAGAGAAGGCAAACGCAAUGUAGUUGAAGCUUACGGUAUGUUAGAUUCUAAUUGGCACGAUGCUCGAAACUCUUCCUACCUCCAAAGACUCUCAGUCAUUCAACCACCACACAAAGGACCUGGUUUGAGGCAUAACCACCACAAGAAAAUCUUCCAUCCGUUAACCGGAUUAUGCAUCGUGAGAAAAAGUUUGUGUCAUGACUCAGAGCUAGUAUUGGGUCCAUGCACCAAGGAGGAACCAUGGAGCUACAAUCAUCAUGGCACACUUAUGAUCAAAACUCACAAAUCAAUUUGUGUAGAAGGUGGUAAAGUUGCGGGAGAAGUGGUUAAACUCGGAAAAGAAUGUUCGAAAAUCGAAAGAAUCUCUGCCUCGAAGAUGCAUUUGUCUUUGAAGGACAAAAAUGGCUCGUUGCUUUGCCUAGACGUUGAUUCGAAGAACAACGUUGUUUGGAGUCUUUGCAAGUGUUUGACAGGUGAUGCGACAUGUGAACCGGAAAGCCAAUGGUUCCAGAUUUUUUAA